AUGAGAUUAUCCCAAGAAAGCUUUUCAGAGAUAAAGUGGUGGUAUGAUAACAUACAGACAAAUAACUACCCCAUAUUAUUGCCUAAUUCAAAGGUUGAUGUAAUAAUUUACACCGAUGCAUCAACUAAAGGAUGGGGAGCUGUCAAAGAGACAGAGAAAAUAGGGGGUAGAUGGUCAGAGGAAGAAGCAAAAUAUCACAUUAAUUGUCUGGAGCUGUUAGCUGCAAUUUUUGGACUUAAGGCAUUUUGCAAAAAUGAGCAAGGCAUUCACGUUAAGAUUUACUCUGAUAACUCUACAGCUGUGAACUAUAUUAAUGCUAUGGGAGGUGUACAUUCUAGGGAAUGUCACACUAUUGCUAAAGAUAUUUGGCAGUGGUGCAUAGAAAAACAAAUAUGGUUAACAGCUGCUCAUAUCCCAGGGACCAAAAAUGUUGAGGCAGAUCGGGAAUCACGCGUUUUCUCAGACAACAAGGAAUGGAUGAUAAGAUCUGAUAUUUUCCAACAGAUCACAGAUAUCUGGGGGGAGCCCUCCAUAGACCUCUUUGCAUCCAGACUAAAUCAUCAGAUUCCAUGCUAUGUAUCCUGGAAACCUGACCCAGGGGCAGCCUUUAUUGAUGCAUUUUCUGUAACAUGGGAUAAACACUUGUUCUAUGCUUUCCCUCCUUUCAGCUUAAUUGCAAGAUGCCUACAGAAAAUACAAACCGAUUGUGCAGAGGGAUUGAUGAUAGUUCCAAUGUGGCCAACCCAGAGUUGGUAUCCCAAACUUCUUCGCAUGUUAGUGGCUGCUCCAAGAGUGUUACCACAACAACGAACUGCCUUACAAAUGCCGGGGAUGCCACAAGAAGUCCACCCCCUAUUCAGGAAAAUGGUUCUGAUUGCAUGCAGAUUGUCCGGCAGUCCUAUGAGACACAAGGAAUUUCUCAAAAGGCAACCUCCAUCAUCUUACAGUCCUGGAGGAAAGGAACUACAAAGCAGUAUUCAUCUUAUAUCAAAAGAUGGACUACAUAUUGUCAUAAAAACAGAUUGA